CUCCUUCCGUUGUUCUUCGGCUGGGCUUGAUCGCAUGCACGCGUCGCCGCCCUCUACCUCUACGGCGACAACUGAAUGCUCGUCGUCACGUAUCGUUCUUUUCAGGGACAUGUCUGCAGUGUGGUCUGCUGCGUUGCGCGUGCUGUGCGGCCUGUCGGCGGUGGUCAUGUGCUGUGUUGUUUCGCUGCUGUUUUGAGUUUGAAAAUGGGUUUCUGGUUGUGUGGUUCUGGAGGCGUUUGAGUCGUGCAAGUUGUUAUGUGCAAGUGCGUCGUGCAAAUAGGGG